CACUGGAGUACUCAGACACUGGACCACUGGAGUACCCAGACACUGGACCACUGUAGUACUCAGACACUGGACCACUGGAGUCAGACACUGGACACACUGGACCACUGGAGUACUCAGACACUGGACCACUGUAGUACCCAGACACUGGACCACUGGAGUACUCAGCCACUGGACCACUGUAUACUCAGCCACUGGACCACUGUAGUACUCAGCCACUGGACCACUGGAGUACUCAGACACUGGACCACUGGAGUACACAGACACUGGACCACUGUAGUACUCAGACACUGGAGUACUGGAGUACACAGCCACUGGACCACUGUGGUAGUCAGACACUGGACUACUGGAGUACUCAGACAACGGACCUACUGCAGGGUAAGAGCAUGCGACCAUGAUGAGUGUUCCUCAGCCUGACCCGGAUGAGAUGCCCCACUCCACCAUCACCCCUGUCACCACCCCCACCCUGAGCCUGACCCCCAUCACAGACGAGCUGGAGUGUAAGAUCUGUUACCAGCGCUACAAUGUCCACAACCGCAGGCCCAAGAUCCUGGACUGCCUCCACCGGGUGUGUGCCCGCUGCCUCAACAAGAUCCUGGACAUGGGGGACGUAUUGGGCUGCAUUUCCUGCCCCUUCUGCCGACACGAAACAGAGGUCAGCGAAUACGAGGUGUCGGGCCUCCCCGACGACUCCAACGUCAUAUCCUGCCUGGCCGUCAGGGAUCAGUCCUGGAGCUCCGACCACAGCAAAGAGGUGACCCUCAACCCCAAGAGCCUGUCCUCCACCUCCCCCUCGCACCACUCCUCCAACUGCCUGGUGAUCACUAUCAUGGAGGUCCAAAGGGACACGGGGUCCGGGGGUCGUGACCUGGGCAGCUCAGACCACUACACAGGGCACAGCCUGGACUCCAUCUCUGUGGGCUCCAACGGGCCGGAGGUUCAGGAAGCCCUGUCCACGUUGUGUUCCCACGUCCCCAGGAUCCUGGUGUGGCUCCUGGGGUUGUUCUACUUCGGGUCCCUGCCCCUGGGCAUCUACCUGCUGGUGAUCCAGAGGGUGACGCUGGGCAUAGUAUGUGUGAGCCUGGUACCGUCCAGUCUGACUGUGUGUCUGGUCUAUGGGUUCUGCCAGUGUCUCUGUCAGGGCAUGUGUGACUGCUCGUCUCGGGGUUGACUGACUGACUCAACAGGGUCCUGGGGUUGGAGGGAGGGCAAAUACUGGACUGUUGGAGUCAACAUGGUGUCCUUUACUGUCCCGAUCUAACGACCAGCCGGGUUGGAGUCAACAUGGUGUCCUUUACUGUCCCGAUCUAACGACCAGCCGGGUUGGAGUCAACAUGGUGUCCUUUACUGUC